AUGGUAAAGAUGAAUAAGUGUCUGCUAUUUCUCACCAUCUUCUUGGGCACUUCGGCAGCCGAGCAGUUCACCGGGAGAUGUGAAAGCUUAUCUUGUGCAACACGAGAAGAGCUCGUAGACAUCAUCACUGGACUCCAAAAAGAAGUAUCUACGAACGACAUUCGUGGCGCUAGUGUUAAUUUUUGGAGUGGAAACUCUGAAGAACUCGCCGUUACAGCUGCACCAGUUUGCAACAUUUGUGCUUCAACCCCAUGCUUCAAUGGAGGAACUUGUAUCGCUGAUAUUAAUAAGCCUUUCGCCAAAUACUAUUGUGUCUGCCCUGCUAACUAUGGAGGUUCUAACUGUCAAAAGGAAAUUAAGUGUACCGAUAAGUCAUGUGGAACCGGAGCAAGCUGCUUUGUAUCAAAUCAUCAAGUCAAUUGUAUCUGCCCAGUAGGAUCAUCUGGAAACCCACUGAAAUCUUGUAAUUACAAAACUGUACAAGCUUGUGUUAACGGUGAUCCUCAUUACACCACUUACGAUGGCCUCUACUAUGAUUACCAAGGAACAUGCCCAUAUGAUUUCACUUACCCAUGUAACAACCAAAGUUUGUUCAGCUUCAGAGUUGUAGGAAAAAAUCAUCAAAUUUACAAUGGUGUUUCUACCCCUGCGGAAGUUGAAGUAACCUUCUUCGGUCAAAACAUCCACGUUGAUGCUAGAAAUAAUCGUCUUUUCAUCAACGGAAUCCUCACCAACGUUCCAUACUACUGGCCUUCUAAGAGCGCAACCAAGUAUUCUGUCAAGUACUACGCUGGAGCUUUCCAAAUCGUCUCCAACCAGAUGAUCUCUGUAAGCAUGUCUUACGGAAGAAUGUGUGUUUCUGUGCCACAAUCAUUGAAGGGAAGUGAUGUUUUGUGUGGAAUUGCCGGAAACUUCGAUAACGAUUACAAGAACGAUGUUAGAUACAAGAAUGGUACUGUGUACACCUUGAACAGUCGACAUGAACCAACUAACAAGGAUGCGCUCGUAUUCAACAGAGCUUUGGACACCUGGAUCACGACUGACUUCUUGAAAACUGCAGGAACAGACCCCCACUGUAUCAAUGGCGAAACUAUCUACAACAAUUCCAACUGUGACAACUUGGAUGCCCAAAGAAAGUGCGAGCCUAUCCAGCUUGCCGCCACUGCUGAAGGUCCACUUGCUGCAUGCUCUGCAAUGACUGCUGAUGUCAUCAAUAACUACUACUCAGACUGUGUCUUCGAUGUCUGCCACGAAACUGACCUCUGCUCCGUUCUCACCAACUUCGCUCGUAUCUGUCAGGGUCUUGUACCUAAUGCCGACCUCAGUACCUGGAGAGCUUCUACUAAUUGUGCACCAAAAUGCCCAUCCAACUCAUACUACUCAUCUUGUACUUCUGCUUGUCCCGCUACUUGCGCUGACCAAGAUGCUCCAGACUUCUGUGAUGCUCCUUGUGUUGAUGGUUGCGUGUGCAAUACAGGAUAUGUUUUGGAUAACACCGCUCUCGAUACCCCUACCUGUGUACGUGCUGAAAAGUGUGGAUGUUCUGACCCAUAUGGAAACUUCCAUCCAGCUAAUCAACCCUGGUAUGUUGGUAAUUGCUCGAUCAUUGCUGAAUGUGUUAAUGGCACAUACGACAGUAGAAUUAAUGAAUGCUCCCAAUACGGUCAAUGCGCUAUCUUAGGAGGUGGCAAGCUUGGCUGCUCUUGCAAGUCUGGAUUCACAGGAGACGGAUACAAUUGUACCGAUAUUAACGAAUGCUUGGACCCCUACACUUGUGGAGCAAACACUGGAAACGGAAUUUGCACAAACACCAUUGGAUCAUACAACUGUACUUGCAAUCCUUACUACUCUGGAGCCAAUUGCGAACACUACUAUCCACAGAGACAUUGUGCUGACUUGUACAUGUACAAUGGCGUGACUGCUUCAGGAGUUUACACAAUCUAUCCACCUUAUAGUAUCAAUGGAAACCCUCCUUCAUCACCAGUACAAGUAUACUGCGAUAUGGACAUCACUUAUAAUAAUGCAAAGGGAGGAUGGACCCUUAUGUCACAUGACACCGCCGAUUUGAUGGCAAACAAGUCUCUCAAUUCUUAUAAGGCUGGAUUCGGUGAUGCUAAAACUAAAAACUUAUGGCUCGGACUCGAUUUCAUUCACAAAAUGACAAGCUCUAUCGACACAAGUCUUUAUGUAAACCUCUUCCAUUGCUCCGAAAACGGAAAACCAUCUGAGUACAGAUUCUGUAACUACAGACUCUUCACUGUCAAUGAUGAAGGUUCAAAUUAUACCGUUAACAUUCCAGAGACUUGCCAAGGAACAGCAUCAGACUUCAAGGAUGGAUGGGCUCGUUGGAAGUUAUCUGAGCCCGGACCACCAUUCCUCGCCUAUGACAAGGAUACUAGCCCAUACUCUUGCUCAAGCACUUUCCGAAACACAGGUUUCUGGUUCGACACAACCAUCCGAUGCGGAUCAGCAGACUUGAAUGGAGUCCGCUUCUCUUGUGAUAACAUCCCAGAUGAUUCCUCCGAGUCAUCUUACUUAUAUUGGAACGGAUCUCCAAUCGGAGAUGCCUGGAUGUACCUUCGUCCUUCCGCCUAUCCUACCUACGAUCGAGCACCUACUGGUAGCUUUUAA